CAAGUGAAAGUGUCCCGGAGUGCCGCAAAAUAUUGUCCGAAAAAAAGAGAUAAAUAUCCUUAAUUUCGAGUCCCAAAAAGUGGCCUGUAAGGUGUGAAUUCCCGCGGAGUUGGUUCCAAUCGAAUCCUUCAGGAUGCCGAGCUCGAGGCGUGCGAUUCUGAGGCACAUAUUGUCGGGAAUAUGCACCAAAAUGAACCGCACCAAGUCGGUGCCCACUGACGUCAUGGAGACACCGCUCAACCGAUGCCUCAACACCUUCGACAUCGCUCUACUGGGAAUUGGCCAUAUGGUCGGAGCUGGCAUCUACGUGCUGACCGGAACGGUGGCCAAGGAGAUGGCCGGACCUGGCAUCAUAUUGUCCUUCAUCCUGGCCGGAGUUAUUUCCAUGUUGGCCGCCCUUUGCUACGCGGAGUUCGGAACGCGGGUUCCCAAGGCGGGAUCCGCAUAUGUGUACACCUACAUUUCGAUGGGUGAGUUCUGGGCCUUCGUCAUCGGAUGGAACAUCCUGCUGGAGCACAUGUUGGGCGCAGCUUCGGUGGCCAGGGCCUGGAGUGGAUACGUGGACUCGAUGCUGGGUGGGUGGAUUGGCAACACGACGCUGGAGCUGACGGGUGGCAUCCAUGAGCCGGGAUUGGCUCAAUAUCCGGACAUCCUGGCCUUCUUGGUCUGCAUCGUUUAUGCGGCUGCCUUGGCCGGAGGAGUGAAGGCCACGGCAGUGUUUAACAGCCUGCUCACCCUGGUCAACAUAGCCGUAAUGAUCCUGGUGAUCAGCGUGGGAUUCUGGUAUGCGGAUAGCAAAAAUUGGUCGGAGGCGGAAGGAGGUUUCCUGCCCUACGGAAUCGGAGGAGUGAUUGCGGGUGCGGCCACCUGUUUCUAUGCCUUUGUGGGAUUCGAUUCGAUAGCCACGUCGGGUGAGGAGGCCAAGAACCCAUCGGUCUCCAUACCAGUGGCCACAGUGAUCUCUCUGUUUGUGGUGACUGUGGGUUAUAUCUUGGUGAGUGCCGCUUUGACUUUGAUGAUUCCCAUCAGCGAGAUCAAUCCGGCUGCCUCGUUGCCGGAGGCUUUUGGCCAACUGAAUCUUUCGUGGGCCAAGUACUUGAUUUCCAUUGGAGCACUUUGUGGAAUGACCACCACUCUUCUGGGUUCCCUGUUCGCCCUUCCCCGCUGCAUGUACGCCAUGGCCUCGGAUGGAUUGCUUUUCAGUUGCUUUGGAAAGAUUAACCCAACCACCCAAGUUCCCUUGCUGAAUCUUGUGGUUUCUGGAGUGAUGAGUGCCUGUCUGGCUUUGGUUUUUGAUCUGGCCAAACUGGUGGAGUUCAUGUCGAUUGGAACUCUGUUGGCCUACACCAUUGUGUCGGCCAGUGUGAUUAUCCUACGGUACAGACCCAUCGAGAGGCUCCACACCACCAUUAGAGUGCCAGCGGUGGCCGGAAGUCCAGAUGAUGACGAUGAUGAAGAUGAGGAGGAGGUUUCCCAGUCGAGCAUGGACACCUCCUCGCCCACCAGUGAGAUGAUCGAGGAAGUUCUGGCGGGCAGAUUGAAGUCCCAAUUCAGAUGUCUGGAACCUCUGCUCGGACGCUUUGAACCCGGAUCCGUGGUUUCCGUGGCCGUGAUGCUGUUUAUUUUCCUGAGCUUCGCCAUCUGUGUGGAGCUGAAGGUGUCGUGGACUCAACUCUAUACUGGAACCUGGUGGGCACUGAUCAUCUAUGGCUUCAUCAUCUUCGCAGCCAGCACUUGUGUGGCUGUGAUGGCGGUUCACAAUCAGAAUACCCGCGGAUUGGUCUUCAAAGUGCCCCUGGUUCCCUUCGUUCCCGCACUGGGAAUCUUCUGCAACAUCCUGCUGAUGGUCCAUCUGGAUGCCGUCACCUGGGUGCGGUUCUUCGUCUGGGUCUGCAUCGGAAUGGUGGUGUACUUCCUCUACGGAAUUCGCAACAGCAAAGAGGGCGAGGUCUGCUCAUCGUACUCAAUCCUGAUGACAACUUCGGAGGCAGGAAAAGUUCCAUGGGGUUCGUUUAAGGCAUCCUCCGGUGGCAAAAAGGGCAAUAAGCACUCGAUCUUCGAGAGAUUCACGGGUCGCAGCAAGGCGGAGGACAAGAAGUCCAUCGUAGAGGAGAGCGAAAACGAAACCUCUGGCUAUUCCUAAGUCAAUUCUUCCCAUUUGAAUUCCAAGCUUCAAUAGAUCAGAGUCUUAAAUCAAAACAAAUACCUUUUAAAAAACAAAGAAAGAUAAUUCGGUUGCAUCUCGUAUUUUUUACUUAAAGUUCUUUUGUAAAUAGCUAAAUCUGUAUAAUUUCCUCCCUGUGUAUUUAUUUGCUCAAAAACAAUCUGUUUUACAUUUUUUAAAAGCUUUGUAAAUCUUUUUUUUAUACUUAUACCAUUUAAAUCCCUGCAUAGGAUUUUCUAAACACACCCAAUUCCUAUAAAAACCCAACGUUGAACGAGACAUAUUGCAAAACUUAUGAUCGAGGAAAAUCUUGGCUUCUAUUAUGGCAAAGUACCUUUACCACAUAACAGUAUAUCUGUCUAUAGUGUAUUAUUCGAAAAACAAUACUUAUUGCAGAAAUGGUAUUACACAAAACAUAUUUACUCUGCAAACGUACAAAUAAAUCUAUUAAACGUUAUGCACACAUGGCAUUUGUUAAACAAUAGUACAUACAUAUAUGUCUUUAAAUACCUAUAUAUAUUUAUAACUGUGUAAAUAAACAUAUACAAUAUUAUAUAUUUGCAAAUAU